GCUGUUAGCCCUUUUGGCCUUUCAUAUUCUCAGACCACGUGAUCAAAACAAGAGUUCAACUUGCGUAGAUGACGUGAGCUUCGUAGCUACGAAGUUUAAAGGACAGAACCCAAUGUCUGCUGGAUUUCCCUGAGAAACAGCUCACCUAUUGUGAGGACUGACAAAUAGGAGGAAGAAGAUGGAGGACUUCCCCAUUGGAACUAUACAGGCAGUGUGUUUAGGUUCCAGCAUCGCUCUCUCUAGUCUGUUCUUUUACGUCUACAAGAAGAAACGCAAAACUGUGGACAGACUGAACGAUGCUCCUCACAUUGCUUUAAAUGAGGAACUGGUGGACCUCCUGAAUGCUACACCUGGGAAGUGUCUGCAGUAUGUGGUUGUUGAAGGUACAGUGCACCCUGUAGGGGAGCCUCUGAGGAGUCAGUUUCAGGAGGGAACUGUUGGUGUAAUGCAGAAAUUAGUCCUCCGGGAGCACAAACUGGUGUGGAACAAUCUGGCACGCACCUGGAUGGACCGAGAGCACGUACUGCACCAGCGCGUGAACGCCGUGCCCUUUAACCUGGUUGGUGGAGACGGAGCGAGUGUGCGUGUGCUCUGCCCCCUGGAGGCCACGGGUCCUGAGAUGGAGACGGUCCACAAGAAGUUCCACCAGGCCAGCUACGGCUUCACUGACCUCCUGGGCCAGUACCUGAGUGGAGAGAAGCCCAAGGGCCAGCUGGAGACAGAGGAGAUGCUGAAGGUGGGUGCGUCAGUGACCGCCGUGGGCGAGAUCAUCCUGGACACGGACCGCCUGCUUAAGCUCCGCCCCCCGACUGACGGCUCGGAGUUCUUCUUAAGCACUGUGGACUUCGAAAGCCUGCGGCUGGAACAGGAAGAGCAGUCGAGCGGUUGGUGGGUGCUGGCCUGUGUGUUUGCAGUGGUGGGUGUGUCUGUCCUGGUGUGGGCGGGGCGUCGCUACUACAGGCAGCUCCAGGGUAAGCGGGAAAGGGAGAGGAACAGGAGGGAGUUCGAGCGGAUGUGGGAGGCUGACGGGGAGGAGCCCGUGGAGAACUUGUGUGUGAUCUGUCUGAGUAACCCACGAGGGUGUGUGCUCCUCAACUGCGGACAUGUCUGCUGCUGUUAUAGCUGCUACCAGGCCUUGCCUCAGCCCAUCUGCCCUGUCUGCAGGCAGGACAUCAUCAGAGUCGUGCCCCUUUACCAGGCCUGAGAGGAGAAAGAAAGACAAAACAAGAGGAAAGGAAGAAAGAGGAAUCCCAGAUGGCUCCUGUUGAGCAUGUACAGUACUAGUCAAAGGUUUGGACACAGUGUUUUUUCAUUAUUUAAAAAUGUUCUGUAUUGCACAUUAAUACUAAAGUCUUCCAAGCUAUGAAGAAAAGAAAAUCAUAUGAAAAGUGUUAAACGAACCAGAAUAUAUAUGUUUUAUAAUUACCUGUUGAUCCUUUCCCAGUCAGCUUUGUGAGGUAGAGUCAGCUGGAAUGUCUUAUCAAGACUUAAUUACUCAAAUGUGUCUUCCUCUUAGUGUGUUUGAGAGCAUCAGUUGUAAAGUUGUGAAGAGGUAGAGUUACAGGUAUACAGUGAAAAGCCCUAUUUGAGAAAAAAUUUUAUGCAUGUUAUGGCAAAACUACUCAACUAACUAAAGAAAACAUUAUGAUGAAACUGGCUCCUAUCAGGAAAACCAGAAAAGGAAAAGCAAGAGUUACCUCUGUUGCACAUGAUUAAGUUAUUUCGAGUUACCAGCCUCAGAAACUACUAAUUAACAGAUUAGAUACCGAGAUAAGAGACAUAUAAAUGCUUCUUCACAGAGUAUUUUGGUUUAACACUUUUAAGUUACUACAUGAUUCCUUAUGUGUUCCUUCAUAGUCUGGAAGACUUCACUUUUCAUUUACAUUUACAAUGUAGGACAAAAAUAAAACAAUAAAAGUCCAAACUUUUGACUGGUACUGUACAUGUAAUAUGUUGUUUGUUAAUUAUUAGCGUAAUAUUAAACAUGUGUGAAACAUCACAGAGAGCUGCAUCAUACAAAAUAAACUACAGCAACUAAAUAUAAAAUA